AUGGAGAUGUUCAUUGAUUUGCAUCCUUUCACUAAUGCUUCACCAUAUACUGUUGUGGAGACAAUGUCACUAGCAAAGGCUCUCAUACUUUUCCGAGAAGUUGGUUUAAGGCAUCUGCUGGUGAUACCUAAAAUUUCUGGGAGAUUACCUGUCGUCGGUAUAUUGACAAGGCAUGAUUUCAUGCCAGAACAUAUAUUGGGCUUGCACCCUUUCUUGGUGAGGAGCAGGGCAUCUCAUCCAAGCAUCAGAAUUGCUCCUGGUAUAAGUUUGUGGAUGCUUCUUGGCUUCAUAAGGCUAUGGACAGAUCCCAGGAUCGAUAUCAUUAUUCUUUUUCAAUCAUAUUGUGGAAGUCACAGGGCAUUUGGCUUCCAGAUGUUUGAUAAUACUCGAUAG